UAAGCCUACCUAGGUACCUAGUGAGUCCUGUCUACAGGUAGAUUCCUAGCUAUCACUUCUAUGGCGCUGUUGAACGUCGUCCACACAGAAGAUGGCGGAUCCCAUGGAUAUGGACUCUGAUGGUCCUCGGGGUGUCAAAAGAACCGCAGAAGAAGCAGGCCUGCCACCAGAGGCCCCUCGUCGUAUCAAGGCGCUUGAUCAAGAUGUCGUCAACAAGAUUGCCGCUGGAGAAAUUAUCGUCGCACCCAUGCACGCUCUGAAAGAACUGCUUGAGAACUCGGUCGAUGCUGGAUCAACCGCCAUUGAAGUCGUCGUCAAAGAAGGCGGCCUCAAACUAUUACAGAUCACUGACAAUGGCCAUGGCAUCGAGAAAGACGAUCUGCCCAUUCUAUGUCAAAGAUUCACAACAUCCAAGCUCAAGAAUUUCGAAGAUCUCAUGUCAAUCGGCACUUAUGGCUUUCGCGGCGAGGCUCUCGCAAGUAUCAGCCAUAUCGCUCAUCUGAAGGUCACUACCAGGACAGCCAAUUCGAGUUGUGCCUGGCAAGCCCACUAUGCUGAUGGAAAGCUCACUCCUGCCAAACCUGGUCAGAGUCCUGAUCCAAAACCGACAGCUGGUCGGUUUGGAACGCAAAUUACGGUCGAAGACUUGUUCUACAGUAUUCCCAAUAGGCGACGUGCCUUUCGAUCACCUUCCGAAGAGUAUGCUAAGGUCCUGGAUGUCAUUACCAGGUAUGCUGUCCUUCGAGAAGGAGUAGCAUUUUCGAUCAAGAAGCAUGGCGAAUCCGGUGCAGGCUUCUCGGUAGCAGCAGCGGCAACCAAGGUCGACCGGAUCAAGCAGGCCUAUGGAGGCACUAUAGCAAAGGAGCUUAUGGAAUUUGGUGUUGAAGACACCAGAUGGGGUUUCCGUGCUUCGGGCUAUGCUACCAAUGCCAAUUACAGCGUCAAGCGAACAACCUUACUCUUGUUCAUCAACAACCGAUCAGUCGAGUCAUCCGCUGUCAAAAAGGCCGUCGAGCAGACCUACCAAAUGUUCCUUCCCAAAGGCGGCCACCCGUUCAUCUAUCUUUGUCUUGACAUCGAUCCUGGUCGAGUCGAUGUCAAUGUGCAUCCAACGAAGCGCGAAGUCCAUUUCUUGAACGAGGACGAAAUAAUUGAGAUUGUUUGUGACAACAUUCGCGAAAGUUUAGCGAAAGUGGACACCAGCAGAACCUUCAAAACACAAACAUUACUUCCUGGAGUCACCCCAAUGACGCCAAUGAGAUCCGCAUCGAUGACUGCUGACAGGACACCUUCCACAGAUGACAGUGCUCCGGGCAAGCCAUCGACCACCAAGAAGCCCUACGAGAACAACCUGGUCCGGACAGACUCGAAGAUGAGAAAGAUCACUUCCAUGCUCCCACCAGCCCUGACAAGUGUUCAAUCUCAGGACGAGUCGUCGGCGGCGGCGGCGGCGGAAGGUGUAGGCUACACGACCACCGACCGAGAGCAAGUACAGAUUCGUCUGACAUCAGUCAAGAACCUACGCGCCGAGGUUCGAGAAGCUAUGCACAAUGGCUUGACCGAGGUCUUUGCCUCUCUUACGUACGUCGGCGUUGUCGACAGCAAUAGACGGCUUGCAGCCAUCCAAUCGGGAGUCAAGCUAUACUUGGUCGACUACGGCAUGACGGCGAAUGAAUUCUUCUAUCAAGUCGGCCUGACAGAUUUCGGCAACUUUGGCCUGAUCCAGCUACGGCCACCACCUAAGCUACGCGAGUUACUCGAUAUUGCUGCACAGCAUCAGAUCGAGACUGCGCGGGACUGCGCCCACCUUGACAGGGAACAUGUCGUGCAGAAAGUGUACGACCAGCUGAUGAGCCGGAGGCAGAUGAUCUCCGAGUAUUUCUCCAUCGAAAUCUCGGAUGACGGACAUGUCGAAACGAUCCCUCUGCUGCUGAAGGGUUACAUGCCAUGCAUGGCCAAGCUGCCAACUUUUCUCCUACGGCUCGGACCGUUUGUCUCUUGGACGCAGGAGGAGCUUUGUUUCAAGACCUUUCUUCGCGAGUUGGCUUCAUUCUAUGUGCCAGAACAACUAUCACGGCCGAUGCACAAGGCCAAGAACAAGGCUCAGCCCAUACCCGCCGACGAGGCGACGGUGAUGGAUACAGAGCCAGGUGAUGGUGAGAAUGUCGUGGACGAGGAUGUUGACGUUGAUGUCGAUACAGCAGUCGAGAAAAGACGGAAGGAAUUAGACCAUGCUCUCGAACAUGUCAUCUUCCCGGCAUUCAGAUCACGGAUCGUCGCUACGCAGGGUAUGCUGAGGGGCGUCCUGGAAGUUGCGAAUUUGAAAGGUCUGUAUCGUGUAUUCGAACGAUGUUGAACGCGGUGUUUUCUUUUUGUCAGGGCUUUAUCCGAAUAUCUCGCGAGUGGGCACACUGUCGUAUGAGGAGCCCGACUCGGUGAGGAAGCGAUGCAUAAAGAUAGAACUAUAAGACAUGUCCCUUGUAUGAUCUCGAUGCCGGAAGAUAAUGAGAGUCAUGGUCUACCAAAGCACAUUCUUGUGAAAUGUUGAAAACGAC